AUGAACAAGAAGAACCAGGAUGUGGGCAGUUUCCAGAGGACCAUGAAGGACCAGAGCCCCCAGAGACUGAGGAGCGCAAGGAUCUUGGCACAGAUGGGAGAGCAGCCUGUACUCAAGUUUGAAACUGAUACGGUUCCGUCUGCUGAGGAGCAAAGUGACCUGAGUGAAGCAGACACUGAACUGUUCCUCUCUGAGGACUCCGAAGUCCACCAUGAGAAAAAAAGUAAUGACGUUACAGUUUCAGAGAAGCAAGCUGGAGGUGAAAAUCGUCUUUGUGAGGAAACAUGUGGUGAAACUGUCCAUAAAAAACGAAAAUCAUUUCAGAAGGCAAGACAAGACACCGAUAAGAAAAAAACUUGUGAAACAUGUGGAAAAAGUUUCAGUAAACAAAGCCUUUUUUUGGUCCACAUGAGAACUCACACAGGUGAGAAGCCAUAUCCUUGUGAAAUAUGUGGAAAUAGUUUCAGUAGAAAUUCUACUUUGUUGGUCCACAUGAGAAUUCACACAGGUGAGAAGCCGUAUCCUUGUGAAACGUGUGGGAAAAGUUUCAGGAGACAGUCUCAUUUGUUGAUCCACAUGAGAACUCACACAGGGGAGAAGCCCUAUCCUUGUGAAACGUGUGGGAAAAGUUUCAGGAGACAGUUUCAUUUGUUGGUCCACAUGAGAACUCACACAGGUGAGAAGCUGUAUCCUUGUGAAACGUGUGGAAAUAGUUUCAGUAGAAGUUCUACUUUGUUUUUCCACAUGAGAACUCACACAGGUGAGAAGCCCUAUCCUUGUGAAACGUGUGGAAAAUGUUUCAGUAGAAAUUCUACUUUGUUGGUCCACAUGAGAACUCACACAGGUUGGAAGCCGUACCCUUGUGAAACAGGUGGAAAAUGUUUCAAUCAACAAAGUGUUUUGUUGGUCCACAUGAGAACUCACACAGGUUGGAAGCCAUACCCUUGUGAAACAUGUGGAAAAUGUUUCAAUCAACAAAGUGUUUUGUUGGUCCAC